AUGCAAGCGCUCGAGUCUGGCAAGGGCUUCUUCCCUAACAUGAUGGGCCCUGGCGGCAAUGGCUAUGGAUACACCCCUGGAACCAUGAGUCUCAACUCCGAUGCAACCAGCGGGAAAGUUGGUAUGUUGGAGAUCAUGUCUUCAUUGCUAAGACUAUGGCUAACUCCUAUCCANGUCAUCCAGCACUUCGCAUGCCGCUCGCUUUCGAUUGGAUCAUGGCGCAGAGUCGGCCAGAGCCAGAUGGACUUGAUCAUCUUCUACUCACCGGAGAAGGCUUGCGUCACAUACUACAUCAACAACGACUCGGCUGGCUACAAGAUCGAGUACCCCUUCGCUUGGAUCAAGAACAUCAACCUUGUUCAGGGCGAGGUCACAAGUGCUGCAGAGGGCGCUUCGCAGAGACUAGGCGCGCUGGUGGUCGAGCUAGUCCGUCCCCCUAAGUUCUACAUGGACAGCUCGGGUAGCGGUGGCUUCUACGAAUGCGGCGAUUUUACCGAGGACCAGCAGGCCAGCAAGAUCAUGGUUCACCAGCUUGGUGGCCCUUCCAAGGCCCUCAGCGGUCAACUUGCCAAGCUAGUGUCUCUCGACUCUUUCCAGAACCGUCACACAAUGCUCGACCCCACUCAUUUUGCCAUGGCUGCUGCUUCGGCUCCCGUUUCGCCCGUCAACUUCAGACCCGCAAGUCAGCCUAACCACUUGGUUCACCCUCAUUCGGGCGUCUUCCAAGAUUCUGCCAUGGGUCUCAUGGGCCCGCCUGCUCCUCGUGGCCACAAGAGACAACGCAGUCGUUCCGUUCCUGCUGCCAUCGACCUCUCGAUGCUGAGAAACAACCCUAUGCCUUCGUUCCUCAUCCAGCAUGAGCCCAACACACCUGCUCAGCCUCUGCAAGACAAUGCCAUCUUCGCCCCUCAGCCUCAACAUCACCAUGGCUUCUCCGCAGGCAUGGGCCCGAACAACCUCAGCAUCGAUACUUCUGCUGGUUAUGGCAUGGACUUCAGACAAUUCGCCGGCCCCAUGUCUGCCACUACCCUUAAUUCUCCUAGCGAUUUCGGUACUCCUGGCUUCUUCAACCCCGGUCCCACAAGCGACAUGAUGGCGCACUCCAACCUCAACACCCCUUACUCGAGUUCAUUCCUUUCUGUCGACCCAUCCGCCAUGAUCGGUACCAGCAACACACCUGUUUCUUGCCUCAGCGGAGGCGAUCCUGUGAUCGCUGACCAGUCGCCGCCGCUUAACGGUCUUGGUCGCAGCCAGUCAGACGACAUCUUCGGCACACCCGGAGGUGACAACGGCUUGAGCGACGAUGCUCUUUGCCUCUCGUCCGAUGUAUACAACAAGUCAAUGGGUAUGGGUUUCCACAGCCCUCUUCCCGACGAGCACAUGGGUUUCGACUCGUCCCUCUCGGACGCUCACUAUGACUACAACUCGCCAAUUCCUGCAAACAAGAUGAAUCUGCCUUUCCGCAUGCCCAACGAGACACCUAUGCACCAGCAGUCGCCCAACCCCGCGCAAUUGGCUAUGCAUCAAGACUCCGCUAUUGCUUUCCAGUCGCCCACUCACAUGGGCCAUGCUGAUCACGGCCACAACCUUUACCAGACACCAAAAGUCAACGGUACAGGAAUGUUCCAGGACAGCAAGAUGUACCAAUCACCGGCCCAGAUGCUCGAUUCCAACUUCUCGACGCCGGCUCACCACCCCUCGCAUCUUCAGAACCAUGAUGUAUAUCACAGCCCGAGCUUAGGCCCUAACGACCUCCACAACCAGCAUGGCGAGGAGAUCGACAUGUCGAGUUUCGUACAGUACGGCACUAUUGAUCCUGCCAGCCUGUAG